AUGUUGCUGUCCACUCUCCUUGUGGGCCUGCUUUCAGGAGUUGCCGCUCAGACGGCUACGUCCUCGGCCUUCGACGCACAGGCCACCCGCCCAUCCUCGGUCCUGGGCAACGCGACAGCGUUCGUCCAUACCAAGUUCCAUUCGCCCAGCGGACCCGUCAAGGUCACGGGUAUGCGGCAGGACAACCUGGGCAUCUUCCUCGGUAUUCCCUUCGCGCAACCCCCCGUCGGCGAUCUCCGAUUCAAGCCGCCCGUGCCUGCGAGCUAUGGGAAGCAUAUCAAGGCGACGGAACAGCCGCCAGCGUGUCUCCAACAGGCGGGUUCUGUGGCUGCUAACGUGAGCGGUACGAGUGAGGACUGCCUGUUCGUCAACGUGAUCACUCCGGCGAAUGCCCUCGGGAAGGAGUGCGAUCUCAAGGACCUGCCCGUCCUAGUGUGGAUCUAUGGCGGUGGAUUCUAUGGCGGGUCGGCCAUUCUGUACACCAGCCCAUCGCUCGCGUCUCACGCUCUGAACAGCGGCAAACCAAUCGUCCUUGUGACCAUCGGAUACCGGGUCGGCAUUUUCGGCUUUGGACACGGCAAGGAGAUGAGGGCGAAUGGCGCGAUGAACCUUGGUCUCCGUGAUCAGCUCCUCGGCAUGCAGUGGGUCAAGGACAACAUUGCGAGCUUCGGCGGCGACCCAUGCAAGAUUACGAUCUUCGGCGAGUCGGCAGGCGCAAUGUCGGUCAGCGCGCACAUGUUGAACGAGACGCAGGACCUUUUCCGCGGCGCGAUUAUGGAGUCGGGGACUGUGACGUCACUGGGUGGCUUUGGGAAUGAUACCAUCUACCAGGAGCCGUAUGACAGGCUGGUCGAGUUUGCGGGUUGUAACGGAACAGACAACUCGUUCCAGUGCCUCAAAGGCCUGUCGGGAGAGGCCCUCCUCGCAGCACAGGUGGAGAUGACCACGUCAAAGUUCGCCUGGACUUGGGGGUACCCGUUCGGCCCGGCUAUUGACGGAGACAUCAUUCCCGCUUCGCCUUACCACAUGAUCAGCAAUGGCUCAUUCUCCAAGGUUCCGUUUAUCACCGGCUGCAACAGCGAUGAGGGCACGACGUUCAUCUACGCCAGUCUGAGCCAGCAACUCACCGAUUGGCCUCUCUCGACUGCCAUUGAGGUCGCGUAUCCCUUUCCCCUGCCGCAGGAGUUCUACGACCGUAUCGAGGAUUUCUACCCGCGCGACGGGACCGGAUGCCCAUUCAACUCUGGCACUGAUCUUUUCAACGGUUCUGUCUCGGCAGCCUGGAAACAGGUGACGGCGGUCUUCACUGACCUGCUCAUGCAGUCGCGCCGGCGCUGGAUGCUGCGCACUGCCAACGAGUACGGCUUGAACAAGACGUGGUCGUACGAGUUCCGCGGUUACAGCCCGCCCGACCCUCCCUACUGGGGCAGCUCGCACGAGGCCGAGAAACCAUAUGUCUUCGGCCGCGCCGUUGCCGAGCUCGGCUACAGCCCCGACCAGGUUGCGCUGGGCAAGGCGAUGAUGGACUACUGGGUCAACUUUGUCUACUUCCUUGAUCCCAAUGGCGAGGGCGACUCGGGCCUGGCCCCCUGGCCAACGCACGACUUCCCGGCCAACAAGAACUCGCUCGAGAUGGACAUUGGGAGCCUGCAGGUCAUCCAGGACGACUUCCGUGAGGAGAGCAUUGCAUUCAUCAACAACCCUACGAACGCGUUCUACAUCCGUAAGCGGGGGAAUUGA